GAAACGCUAGCCCGCCUGUGGAUAGGAGGGUACUGCGGGCAGGCGCGGGCAGGCCCAACAUACCAACGCCAGGCAGAGUCAAAUGAACAGUCAUCACAAACAGCACAAGACAUCCUAACUGCUUUCGUUCUGUUCACCAGCCUGUGAACUGUGGAGGAGAUAUGAAGGGAAACAGCAGAGAAAAUUCAAGAGCACCUGAAGUUACACAUUACUCAGGAAGCUGCAGAACUUUCUGUCCAACAAGCCCGGAGUGACUGUUUAGUCCAAAGCUGGCCUGUAACUUGACUGCGGAGCCUGAAUUGGAUCAAACAUUAGUCCCCAUAAAUUCCAGGCCUUUCACUGAACCUACACUGGUGCAAUCCUCCUGUUUCCACUCUUCCACAGCACUGGGGUUACAGUAUAUCUUCUAUGGUAUUGAAGAUACUAUUCAGCCAUAUUCUUGAUUUUAUUGAUGCUAUUAAGAAGUCAGAUUGCAGUCUGAAAGUCAUGGUUUUAAAGGUGGAAAGCACCAAGAGCUCAAGUGCAACCCUCCCCACCAACGUGCCCUCCUACAGGUCCCUGUCCUCCCAUGAGGAUUGCCCUAGCAGCCACACCAGCUUCUCAGAUGGCGAGCUUGCCCGGAACGUGAGGGAAGGUGUCAAACAUCGAAUCUUCUACCUCUCAGAGCAGCUGAGAGUGGAGAAGGCCAGUAGGGAUGAGAAUACCAUGAGCUACCUCAAGCUGGUAUCCAAAGCUGACCGACACCAGGCUCCACAUAUCCGACAGGCCUUUGAGAGGGUGAACCAGCGCACCUCUGCCACUAUUGCUCACAUAGAACGAAAGCUCUAUCAGUGUCACCUGCAGCUGAAGGAGCUGGAAGAGGGCUGCAGCCCUACAAGCUCAGUGCUGAAAGUGGGCAGUGGCAUGGACAGCCAUAAGCCAGGUGGGGAAGAUAGCUUACCCAUCAACAUAGCUAGGCCCUACACUCUGGAAGGUCACUUGUCAGUCUUGCAACAGAGGAAAUUCUCAGACAAAAAGUAUGUGGCCCAGCAACAAAAGCUGCUGUUGCAGAAGAUGAAGGAAGAACUGACAGAAGCCAAGAAGGUUCAUGCUGGCCUUCAGGUCUCUCAUCAAAGCCUCAAGGAAAGACAUGUGACUGAUGUGCGGGAGAUACUCGAGUCCCUCCAGGAAAAGAAAACCAGACAAUCACUGAUGGAAGAACAGGUGAAUGAUCACUUGCAGAGAUACCUGGAUGAGAUUUGCCACCUCAAACAGCAUUUGGCAUGCACUGAAGAGAAAAUGGCCUAUUUGUCCUAUGAAAGAGCCAAGGAAAUAUGGGAUGUAAUGGAGACGUUCAAGAGCAGAAUAGCCAAGCUAGAAACUCUACAGCAAGCUACCCAACUGGAGAUGAUGGCCAGCAUCAGAACCCGUCCCAAGGACUUUUUGUUCAGAUUCAUAAGCCUGCUUCUUACACUGACCACUAUCCUCUUGGUCUUGGUCUCUACCUUGUGUUCUUGCCCCUUGCCCCUGCUCAACUCACGCCUGCGCACAUUCACUAUAUUUGUGUUGAUUGGCCUUGGAAUUUUGGCCUGGCAGAAGCGGCAUAUCAUCUCCAUCAUGGACUGGCAGGCCUGGGUUCCCUUUAAGUGGAGACCAGACUUCAAGGAUGCUAAGCCUCUAUUAGAUGGACACUGAAGGACAAGGAGUCUCAACCACUUGAAUUUGUCUUUCCAGAUGUUGAGGGCAUCCAGUAAGCCUUCCCUAGAGAGUUACUUUGUUGUCCUCAUUUUCUUAAUUCUGUAACCACCAGCCUAGUGAGAUAUAUGCAGAUGCCAACUUGCCUUCUCCUUCCAAUUUUCCAUGAUCUUUUCAUAACAUCUAUAGACAUGGGGAUUGGAUUAAAAACGAAAGAAACCAUA